UCAAAAUUAAGUCAAACUCAUUAUUUGUUAUUGAUUUUGUGUAAGGUUUCUUUAGCCCAAUAAUUAUGCUAAAUCAAUAAAGUCGUAAAUGAAACUAGUUAAAUAGCAAACCGGCCAAGUGUGAGUUGCACCAGGACUUUACACAAUGUACUCAACGUAUGUUGUACGAGACAAUCGUAUUGAUAACAUGGUGAAGAAUGUGGGACGAAUACACGGUAACCCCCCAAAGGGACCAACUUUGAUGGACAAUCCUCUUGGAAAAUACUUCAGUCUCCCGCUUCCUGAUGACAAACUUAUAGCCACAUAUGUCUGGAUCGACGGCACUGGCGAAAACUUGAGAUCCAAAAAUCGCACGCUGAACUUUCUACCUAAAGUGCCUGAAGAUAGAUUUACAACCAUAAUGAACGCACGCGAUGAGAAAUUGAGGGAAGAAGCGUAUAAGGAACUGAAAUAUUCCGAGCAACACAAAUAUUUGCCACCGUAUUUUUCUCCAAGAAAUCUUGAAAAUAUUUUCAAAGUGCAAUGCAGACUGCGGGCCACCAGAAACAUCGGCGUUUUUGAUGAGAACUUGAAAGAUCUACCCGUUAUGUCGUUCAAUGGUAGUGCUACUCGACAAGCGAAAAGGACAAAUGCUGACAUGUACUUAUUUCCGCGCGCCAUAUACAGGGAUCCGAUUCACAGAGGACGAAGCAUCCUCGUUAUGUGCGAUACAUACGAUACGCAAUUACAGCCAACAGCAACCAACAACCGAGUCCGCUGUGCCGAGGCGUACCUAAAGUGUGAAGAAGACGAGCCGUGGUUCGGCAUUGAGCAGGAGUUAUUUCUGAUGAGUGCCGAUGACAUGAGGCCGUUAGGGUGGCCGUACAAGGGCUUCCCGGAGAGAUCAUCGCGGUACUACUGCGGGGUUGGAGCCGAUAGAACAUUCGGACGAGACCUAAUGGAAGCGCAUUAUAAAUGUUGCCUAUACGCUGGCAUACCUAUCGUAGGCCUCAACGUGGAAAUGGGUCCAUCACAAUGGGAGUACCAGAUCGGCCCAUCAGUUGGAGUGAGUGCCGGCGAUGACCUUUGGAUGGCUCGCUACAUCCUACAAAUUCUAGCCGAACAGUAUGGAAUCGAAGUCAGCAUGAAGCCCAAGCCACUUCCGGAUUGGAUGGGUUCUGGAGCACACGUGAAUUUUUCUACCAAACUAAUGCGCGAUGUUAACGGUAUUGUAGAAAUCGAGAAGGCUAUUGAAAAGCUGGGCUAUGCUCAUCAGGCACAUCUGAAGUUGUUCGACCCUCACGGAGGGCGAGAAAAUGCCAAGCGUUUGGUUGGUAGCCACCAAGUAGCUCAUGGUGAUGAAUUAACCGCUGGGGUCGGUGAACGAUUAAACAGCAUCAGGAUACAUCGGAACAUCGCUUUUGAAAAAAAGGGUUACUUCGAAGACCGUCGGCCUGGGGCCAACUGUGACCCUUAUGUUGUUGUGGACGCUUUGCUUCGAACAUGUGUGCUCAACGAAUAACUGAAACAUUCACAUGCAGGUGAUUUAAGUCAUUUUUUAUAGUUACUGAUGUUAGUUUCAGCACCUCUAAAUGCACUUUUAUAAAGCAUCAAAACUUUCCCUUUUUACGAAAGAGGAAAAUGUUUAAUUCAAUACAUUGUUUACCAAUA